GUCUUUAUACGGUUAACCUACGAAGUGUUUAUUAAGGAAUUUCUAUAGUUAUUUUGACAAAAUUGAUGAAGAAACGAGAAAAUCUGUACUGCUGAGAUGUCAGAAAAAGAAGAGAAGCAACCCUUGUUGUCGUCUGCAGAUCACAUGGAGAAAUAUUCCGUGGAAUCAGGAGACAAAAACGAAAGUACCGAGAGUAAAAAGAAUUCCCCGAAGUCUGCAUCGUUUGGACAGCUGUUCCGGUAUGCAACGGCUUUUGACAGGUUUCUGAUUCUAGUGGGCAGUGUUUUCGCUAUAGCUGUAGGCGGAGGAUGGCCAGCUCUGUCCGUCAUCUUUGGAGAACUGACCGACACGUUCGUGACAGGCCCGGGUGGCGCUCAGUUGAUCUGCGUGAAUGGAAGCAUCAGUUUCAACGUCACCGGAAAUGUGACCGGAAACAACUCAACCGUGGAUGAGUUUAAUGACAAAAUGACCACAUACGCCUUCUACUAUUUGUACAUUGCCGGCAUUGUUCUAGUCUCAGGGUACUUACAGAUUAUGUGUUGGACGACGACUUGCGAGAGGCAGGUCUACACUAUCCGGAAAGUCUACUUCCGGUCCAUAGUCAGACAGGAAAUAGGUUGGUUCGACAAACAUCAGAGCGGGGAGUUGACUACUCGUCUGGCAGACGAUAUUGGAAAAGUAAAAGAUGGAUUGGGAGACAAAUUCAGCUUCACUCUUCAGUACACUGCACAGUGUCAUAUAAUAUAUUGA